UGAACUACGAACCCAGUCAAUAUAUCUACCUGGUAUUAUCUCAAAUAUAUUCAGCAAUUAAUGAGUCCAUUCCAGUUUUAUUCAAAUGAAGUCGAGGAGUGAAGGCAUUCUUUGAAGAAAGCCGGCAGUUCAAAUCGCAGUUAUGGCAGCUAAGAAGCGAAUUGCAGUCAUUGGUGGUGGAUUUGCCGGGAUUCUUUCCAUCGCUAUGCUCAAAGAAGAAGGUAUGGAUCCGUUCUGUUUUGAGCAAACGGACAAAAUAGGAGGAACUUGGAAUUACAGAGAAGAAUCGACGGACGGCGUCGCAUCGAUUAUGCCCACUACCAUCAUUAACCACAGCAAAGAAAUGGGAGCUCUCAGCAAUUUCCCGCCUCGGAAAGAGUACAACAAUUACAUGAGACACGACGAACUGUUUCAGUACAUUACGGAAUACUGUACCGAGAACGAUUGCUUAAAACAUAUUCAACUCAACAUGAUGGUCACGUGCGUUAAGCGCUGUGAGGAUUAUGACGAAACUGGACGCUGGGUGGUGACAGCAAGGAAUACGAGUACGGCUGAAGAAUUAACUGAUACCUUCGACGGUGUGAUGGUUUGUGUAGGUCACAUUAACAGGCCUAUCAUUCCAAAUUUUCCCGGCCAAGAGAAGUUCAAAGGGAAAAUUAUGCACACGCACAGUUUAAAAGAAGUUAGCGAAUUCAAAGACCAAAAUGUUUUGGUCGUAGGAAUGGGUGCUUCCGCUUUAGAUGCAGCUGUAGGAAUAAGCGAUGUUGCUAAACAAGUGUACCUGAGUACAAGAACUGGCAGUUAUGUAUUAAACAGAGUUGGACCCCGUGGCUAUCCGAUCGAUUACGUUCUCAUGAGAAGAUACUUUCUUAAAUGCAUCGAUUGUAUACCUAUACGCUUAUGCAACUGGUACGUGGAGAAGUUCUACAUCGAUCCCAGAUUCCAUCACAAGCUAUAUAAUGCGCCUCCAAAAUAUCACUUCUUGAACAAGGAGCCCGUUCUUAAUGAUCACUUUGGUCCUAAGUUGUUAUCUGGGUCUAUAAUUCAAAAGAGAGAUAUUGUACGCUUCACGGACAGAGGUACUGUUUUCGAAGGCAGUGAGGAAGAAAUCCUAAUCGACACAGUUAUCAUGGCCACCGGAUACACAUGGAAAUUUCCUUUCUUGGAGGAAGGAAUUGCGCAGCAAGAAGAGGAUGGAAAAAUCAUUUUAUACAAGGGAAUGUAUCCUCCUCACCUGAAACAUCCAACACUCGCAAUAACGGGUUUUCUGUUACCAUUUGGACCAGGGUUCCCAGUCGGUGAGAUGCAGUGUCGAUGGGCAGCUCAUAUCUUCGCAGGAAAGGGGCGUUUGCCUUCUGCCAAAAAAAUGCUAAAAGACAUUACAAGAACUCACGAGAGGAAUGUAACGAGAUAUGCCCCAAAUGAUAAAAUGACAUUAAGGAUUGACUGCAUGCAAUAUUUAGACGACUUAGCAUCAAAACUUGGUGCAAAGCCGAAUCUAUUCAAAUUGUUUUUCACUGAUAUCCGACUGUUUUCGAAGCUUUGCUGGGGUCCUUUUCUUUCCUAUCAAUAUCGACUACAAGGACCAAACAAAUGGGAUGGAGCAAGAGAUGCCAUUAUGACUUGCAAAGAACGAGUAAAAUAUCCAUUACGGAAGGAUAGAAUCAAACAGUAACGUUUGAGCUACAGUUUCGUUUACAAAAGAAAUUUACGUAACUAUCAGAGGAACUUGCUGUAAUACGUUGCAGUUUAAAUUCUUCUGUUGCAAUUUUAAAAACGUUUAGCAUAUAUUUCUUUAAUUUAAAAAAUACAUAACUCAAACAUGUGGUAUUUAAGAAAUGCUUGCUUCAAAAAACUGUUUAUAGUUACUCAAAAAAAAAAAAAAAAAUUGAUAAAAGCUAUUUUGCUUUUACUUUACAAUGCAUUUGCUCAUGUUCUCUCAGGAUAAAUUUCUAGGUAAACCUUAUAUUGUUUAUUAUAGAAUAAAUGUUUAUUAUAUGAUAUUAUAGAAUAAAUUUCUAGGUGAAA